UUUUUUUUUUAUACGUAUAUAUUUUGAUUAUCGUAUGUCCAUCCAGAAUCUUAACACAUUUGACCCCUUUGCUGACGCAAGUAAGGGUUCAGAAGAUGAUGUACAAGACGGACUAGUUCACAUAAGGAUCCAGCAACGGAAUGGUCGUAAGACUCUGACUACUGUGCAAGGACUUUCAUCCGACUAUGACCUGAAGAAAAUUGUGAGGGCAUGUAAAAAGGAGUUUGCUUGCAAUGGUACUGUGAUUGAGCACCCCGAAUACGGAGAGGUGCUUCAGUUGCAAGGGGACCAGAGGGAGAACAUCUGCCAGUGGCUCACGAAGAGUGGGCUGGCGAAGCCGGACCAGCUGAAGGUCCACGGUUUCUAAUGCUGCUGCCACCAUCACCACCGCAGUCGCCCAUCGCCACCAUCAACACCGCUGCCGCCAACACCAAACACCACUGCUAUUAUUGUCGUCAUAACUAUAAUUACAAUUAUUAACGGAUCCGUUCAGUUGCAGUCGCUACAAAUACACACACACAGACACA